UGACAGUUGCAGUUGUGACCAGUCCCAGCCGCGCCCCACGCUACAAGCCACCGCCAUUCGUCACCCUAUUGGUCACCCAGCUGCAGCCUACAAAACCAACGGUCCCGAGUUCGAUUCCCAGCGAGCCAGCCGUGCUGCCAAGACCCUCUAGAUCGUUUGAUUAUUACGUCAGCAGAGGACCGCCGCAGUGCUGAAACAGAGUUGUGAGGAAAAACCAAGAUGGCGAUCAUGUACAGUCCUCGAGCGGCGUGGUUUGUGGGGAUUUUGUUGGUGAUUCUCGGGUUCGUGAGUUUCAUCACGGGAAUCGUGGGGCUGGGAGCGUGUCACGGGCAGUGUGCGCCGCUGGUGGCUCUGACAGGCGCGCCCAUAUGGAGCGGCAUCGCGGUGAUCAUCGCUGGUGUAUUUGCCGUGGCCUCAGCACGGAGACCCGAGAACGGAUGCCUGAUCACCACAUUCUUGACCUUUGCCCUCCUGGCCGCCCUGCUUACCCUCAUCUGUUGGCUCAUCGCGCUCAUCGAGAUCGGCGAAUGGAACCCGCCGUACGUGACCGUGAGGCGCCCGGCCGCUGCCGGUAACGACGCCGCCGAUGAGUUCCCGACCCCCGCCUCUGUGCCGGGUACCGCUAACGUGCUGGCCGGGACCGGAGCAGACGCUGACGCCGCUGCAGGCCCCACCGAGGAGCCCGAGGUCUACUGGCCGUACUAUGACGACCACUGGGCCCUGUGGGGAAUUAUCUUCAUCUUCGCCGUGAUCGAGUUCGUGCUGUCCCUGAUCGCCGCCAUCAUCAGCUGCCUCGGACUCUGCACCGGUUACCAUGGACACGAGGCCCCAGCUAUCGUGGUGUAUGACGGGACCAAGGCCGUAGCCCUGAAGCCAGGCCAAAGGGCAGUGCAGCAGCCGGACGGGUCCAUCAAGAUUGUUGCCUCAGGUACCCCGAAAGAAGCGACCCCUGACGUCCCCAAGGAUACUGCAGAGACAAUCACUGAGACUGCGCCGCCUGCCGAGUCCACGCCGGAACCGGAACCGGAGGCCAAGCCGGAACCGGAAGCCGAAGCUAAACCGGAACCGGAACCGGAGCCCGCAACUCCAUCCACACCGGAAUCGGAAGCAACAACAGAACCGGCAUCGGAACCGGCAGCUGAACCGGAACCGGAAGCAGCAGCCGAACCGGAACCGGAAGCAGCGGCUGAACCGGAACCAGCUAGCGUCUAGCAUGCGUAGAGGAUAGAACAAUUCUGUUGAAGUGAAUAGGAAUAUGCCAAUACAAUUCGUCUACAAAUUCCAAAUGUGUACAUUCCUACAGUAUUAUUUGGAAGGACACAAAUCUAACGUUUUC